ACUAAAACCAAAAGGUCCUUCGAAGGAUAUAUAAAGUGCAGAAGAUAUGGCACAAUAUUUGCUUAACGUCCUUCGGCGAUAUGGCAAGCAUUAACGAAAUUGCUAUAUCGAAAUUGGCUCUGGGUAUAAAAACAAAGGUGCCAUCGUUGUGGGCAAACAGUUGGCAUUGCAAUGUCCAUUCAGUGGUUAAGAAAUCUCCUGCUUCUCAUAAUCCUGGCCCACCUGGCUGGGGCAGGUGAGAAUCGCAUUCCGGUGAACAUGAAGAAGAGUUCCAACUUGAUGGUCAAGAUGAGUGAAAUCCUCUGCAUAGCGAAGGUCAAAGUGAUCUUCGUGUACUUCGAGAACCAAACAUCUCACGAGCACACCGGUCAGAUUCUGCGAGAGGUGACCAAGUGCGACAUAUCCUACAUAUCCCUGAGAAAUCAAAAUGGACCCCUGGAGGCGGUCAAGGAUGAUGGGAUACUCAUGUACAUGGUGAUGAUUAUAACGAACAUAUCGCAACCUUUGGAACUCUCGCUCAUUCGCAAGAAAUCGGCCACCAAGCACCGAUCGCAUGUUUUCCUCUUGGUAAGAGAUGCCGACACCGUUUCCGAUGCCUGGAUGCGGGCAAGUUUCCGGCAAUUCUGGAAGAUCUGGCUCUUAAAUAUAGUGAUCCUCUACUGGCGAGAUAAUCGAUUGUAUGCCUACCGGUACAACCCCUUUACGGACAACUAUUUGAUACCGGUUGACAACAACGCAAAUGGAGUGCCCACUCUGGAGCAGCUUUUUCCCAAGACCAUACCCAAUAUGCAGAGAAAACCCCUGAGGAUGUGCAUCUACAAGGACGAUGUGAGAGCUAUCUUCUGGAAGCAGGGAAUUAUUAUUGGUACGGAUGGCCUGCUGGCAGGGUAUGUGGCUGAGAGAUUAAACGCCACCAUGAUGAUAACCCGUCCGCACUCCUACAAUAACCACAAUCUCAGUUCGGACAUAUGUUUCUUUGAGGUGGCCAGGGAAUAUGUGGAUGUGGCUAUGAAUAUUCGCUUUCUGGCUCCGGAUACCUUCAAGAAGCAGGCGGAGAGUACGGUUUCCCAUAUGCGCGAUGAUCUCUGUGUGAUUGUGCCGAAAGCCAAGACGGCACCCACUUUCUGGAAUAUAUUUCGAUCAUUCGGCACAUCGGUUUGGGCCCUGAUUCUGGCCUCUGUUCUGGUGGGCAAUGUUUUCUGCUACAUUUUGAAGGCCGGAGUGGGUGGUGCUCCCAUGCAACUUUUCGCCGGAGCCCUAACUAUGCCCAUGAACAACAUUCCGCGGAAUCACUCGCUUCGAUUGUUUCUGAUCUUCUGGCUUUACUUUGGACUGCUCAUCUGCUCGGCCUUCAGGGGUAAUCUAACCAGCAUGAUGGUGUUCCAACCUUAUCUCCCGGAUAUAAACCACUUGGGAGGCUUGGCCAGGUCCCACUAUCGCAUUCUCAUUCGCCCGAGGCACUUGAAACACAUCCAGCACUUUCUGACCCUGGGACAUAAGUACGAGUCUAGGAUUCGGGAACAAAUGCUGGAAGUUCCGGACGCCCAGAUGUAUGAAAUGAUGAAGAACAAUGAUAUCAGAUACGCCUAUUUGGAGAAGUACCACAUCGCCCGUUUCCAGGUGAACAAUCGGGUGCAUAUGCACCUGGGCCGGCCCUUUUUCCACCUGAUGAACAGCUGCCUAGUCCCCUUCCACGCCGUUUACAUCGUUCCCUACGGAUCGCCCUACCUGGGCUUCCUGGACUCGCUGAUCCGGAGUUCGCAUGAGUUUGGAUUCGAGCGAUAUUGGGAUCGCAUCAUGAACUCCGCCUUCAUAAAAUCGGGUGUGAAAGUGGUCAACCGGCGGCGGGGCAGCAGCAGUGACGAUCCCGUGGUCCAACUGCAGCAUUUUCACGCCGUAUUCGCACUCUGGGUGGUGGGGAUCGGUCUGGCAUGCAUCGUGCUGGUCUGGGAGCACUUGACCCACAACUACAACUUGGCGGUAACAAAGCGGCGGCACUAAUUGUCGCAUGCAACAUGCAACAUGUGAUGAUUGCGAUGAUGAUGUGGCAGGCACUUACCUGG